AUGGCAACCAACCUACCUCAACCAAUUGCCCGUUGGGGAGACGAGGCGCUGACCGACAAGCAGCAUCGUGCUACUCCGUAUCCGGGCCUGGGCUUGCCUGGAUUGUACGCCUCUACACUCAUUCUCAACAUCAAUGUUCUAUAUUUGGCCGCACGUUUUCACCCGAUUCUUCUGCUCCUCCGGGGCGUCUUUACAGUACUACAGUACUUCACCGCGCCAGAAAAUACGAGUGGAGAAUUGCGUGAGGUUGCCUGCUUGAAUGUGAUGGACAUGGCAGACUACACCCGCUGCUGUCCAUUUCGGUAUGCGCCGUUAGAUCCAAUGCCCGGAACAUGCGCGGGUUUUCGCUGCGUGGCGGAGCAAAAGGUUGUCACUGGACUACCAUUACAGACGCAGAGGUUGCAGCACUGACUCCUUUUUUGUCAAGACAAGGGAUAGUAGCCUUCCCUAGUCGAAAAAUACCUGAGAUG